UUUGUUUUGUAAUACAUAUUGUAAUUGUUAUCUUUCCAAAAAUGCAUUCAUGUUUGUUACAAAAAAAAUGAUGRCACAGGCUCUUUAAGAUUCAUUUUUAUAUCUCUCAGGGUGUGUAUGUCUGUCACGUUGUCCAGGUCAGGUGGUAAAUAGCCCAGCUGCCUAAAAAUAUCAUCCUAAACACAGAGACAGAGAGAACAGUCUCUAUUUCAGAUCUGUUAGUCUUCAUGCCUUCUGUGUAUAUAAAUAAAUAAAUAAAUAAAAUCUCGGUUGAUACAUUUAUAAACUCAUAUGUUUUCAAAGGAAAGCAUGGGCACACUUCCUGCUGAGGAACUAAUCUGAAAGAGGAGCAUCAUGUCCUCCUGUGCACUGAAGCCUAGAAGCAGAAAUCCAUAUGAAGCAGUUCAGGUGGACCCGGACAACGAUUACAUCACACCAGGAACGUUAGACCUGGAGCAGCUCUUCUGGACCGGUUCCACAGCUCGGUAUGCUCACGUCAACGAGGUGUGGCCGAGGAUCUACGUCGGCGAUGAGAAAACGGCUCUGYAGAGGCCCGGUCUGAGGGAUCUGGGUGUUACACACGUCCUAAACGCAGCAGAGGGCAAGUGGAAUAACGUGCUUUCUGGUGCUGAUUACUAUAACGGCAUGAACAUUCAAUACUACGGUGUAGAAGCCGAUGACAAACCCACCUUUAACAUCUCUCAGUACUUCUACCCUGCAGCAGAAUUUAUCCACGAGUCCCUCAGCCAGCCACAGAACAAAGUGUUGGUGCACUGUGUGAUGGGUCGAAGUAGGUCAGCCACAUUGGUGUUGGCGUACCUGAUGAUGAAACAGAGUUUAAYCGUAGUGGAAGCCAUCGAGCACGUGAGGCAGCAGCGCUGUAUCCUGCCUAACCAUGGCUUCCUGAYACAACUCAGAGCACUGGACAUUGAUUUGCAAGAGAACAAGCUGAGGCUAAGACAAGAAACAACAUGAAGCUGCAUUUUAACAAAUAUACAGCGGGUAAAAUAAGUAUUGAACACGUCAGCAUUUUUCUCAGUAAAUAUAUUACUAGAGGUGCUAAU